CAUGGCGGCCAUGGCGGACGGGUGUCGGGAGCAGUGCGGGGUUCGCAUCGUCCCGGCCGAGCUGCGCUUCAGGGACGCGGUCCCGGGCCGCCGCUACCGCGCCGCGCUCACCGUCCAGAACCUGCGGGUCGAGAGCUGCCGCCUGCACCUGCUGCCGCCGCACCGGCCCCAGUUUAAAUUGAUUGUGGAAAAUCCAGAAAAGCCCAUUGCAUCUGGACUUCAGCUUAAAGCUUUUGUGGAAUAUUAUCCCGACCGUUUAGAAGACCUUCAAGAUAAACUGAUUCUUUUAGUAGAUGACGACGUAGUUGAUAUCCCCCUGCUUGGAUUUGUUCCGUACUGUUGUCUGGAAAUUGAGUCAGAGAUUGAUUUUGGUCAAGUGAUUGCAAGCAAUAAAGUAAUUAGUAAAGAGAUUAGUAUUGCUAACCAUGGAUCAUCUUCAGGUAUAUUUGAAAUAUCAUAUGAUGGGGUUGUCUUGGCUACCAUAACACCUGCCAGUGGACUGGUAAAGCCAAAAUCUAAAAGGACAAUUCAAGUGGAUAUCUGCACAGAUGUACCCAGAGUCAUCAAAGAAGUGAUGAAAGUGGAAUUGGAAGGUCGUGGCUGCACUGAAGUGUGGGUCAAAGCUGUUGUGGUUGAACAAGUUCUUAAAGUUCUUGGAGCAUCUUGUGGAAAAGUAGUGGAAUGCAUUAGCUUUGGACCAGUUUACUUUGGGACUUCAAAGACUGAGCAAAUAUCUUUAUACAAUAAAAGUCCUGAGAAUAUGGACUGGGUAGCAGUACUGGAAGACAAUGCCAUUGGAGGAGAGAUGGGGACAGAUCUUCAGAGGAGUACAGAUGCUGCUUUACAGGACUUAAGCCUGAAAAAUAGAGAUGCAGAUGUUUCCACCUUGAUCUUGUGCACUCCCAAUCAAGGAACUUUGCUACCUCAUGAGAAAUCUUUGGUUACGUUGUGCUUUAGUCCACAAAAAUUUAAAGGAGACUUUGAAGUGAAUGACUCAUCACUGAAACAAGACUAUGUCCUGUUUCUGAGAUUUGAAACUGUUGGCAAUAGAGAUGGUUAUCUGCAGGCCCUCGAUGAUGGUGCCACAGCAGCCACACGGAAUCAUCCUCAUCACGUGGACUUAGCUUUGACAGGUUCUGGGCUUCCUGUGAUGGUAACUUUUAAUCCAGGACCAGAAAUUAAUUUCAGGGACUGUUAUUUGGGUGAGCAAACAGAACUUCUGUGCACACUGAAAAAUGAAUCCGACUCCCUUCCAGUGACAUUCCGCUUCCGCAAGGCCGCUCACUUUAAUGUUUCUCCUGAAAAAGGAAAAAUUAAAAAAAAUUCGGCAAAGGAUGUGAUGAUUUCGUUUUCUCCACGUCAAAUAGGAACAUUUAAGAUGAAGCAAAUUAUCGAUAUCAUUGGUACAGGAGUAGAUAAAAAUAACUUGCAUGAUUUGAAGACAAUAUCCUUUCAUCAAUUAUAUUUGAACUUGAUUGGAGUGUGCAAAGCUAAACGAAAAAAAAUUCUAUUCACAGUUAAUCCUGGUUUAACACCAGUGGUUUCUAAUGCAACUGGACAGUUUGUAGUUGAUGGCACAGAAGAGUGCACUGAUGCAGCACGUGGGGCAAUGCAGUGCACUGAUGCAGCACCUGUGGCAAUACUUAAAUCAAACCAAACACGAAUCCAUACCCACCGGAUAAACAGGAAUUGUAAGGAUGAUGCACUUAUAGCUUUCCCUAAUGAUCGUGCAACCAGCGUUAGGCCUGGUGAAUGGGAUAAAAAGUACAGGACUAUUUUCACAAAGACUGAGAGAUAUAAUUUCAUAGAUCCAGAAUUUGCUUAUACUGACUCUGAACGAAAGUCAAUAGAAGCACAUAAGAAAUACUAUGAUGACUUCAUUUCCAGUUUAAGACAGCAUCGUUUGGAGAAGGAUGCUGCCAGGCAGUUUGAUAUGUAUAAUAAUCCUGUAAGCAUAGGAAUCAAACCAGGUGAAGGGCUUAAGUCACCAAACAUCUCAAUCACAGAUUUUCCCAUGGAGAAGCUACGGUUGAAAAAGCCUCCUUUAAAUGAUGAUUACCUAUUAACUAGUCGAAAAUUGGCAACAAUUACAUCUACACCUACAAAUAAAGAAACUUGGAGUUGGCUUAGUCCUGUGCCAUCUUCUACCCAGGAGAAGGAAGAUUGUAGUCUAACUUUGACACACAAGCAGCUUCAUCAAAUAUUCAUUGGUCCUUCUACUAUAGAUUUUGGUGACGUCUGUGUGUAUUCUACAACAACCAAAGAACUGUACAUCAUCAAUAACUUGUUAGUCCAUAUAUGGAUACAAAUUGAGAUUGAAAUUGAGGAAUUGCAGGAGACAUCUCCAUUGUCUCAAGUGGUGCCUCCUCUUACAAAGACUCACGUUCCAAUUGUAUUUGAGACAAUCACUCCUGGGAGCUUUAAAAGAUCUUUUGCUUACAAGAUAAACAACCAGCACCCUGGGCAUGUGCUGGUAGUUGCAAAUGCUGUGCCUAUUGAACUUGAGCUGUCUACAAGGGAACUGAUUUUAAAUCCUGUUCCUGGCUGCCUAGCAGGGACAGAGUUUAGAGCAACUGUCAGGGUCUGCAAUCCCAGAAACCAUCCAGCUGGAUUUAUUUGGAAACCUGUAACUACAGAUAGAAAACCUGCAUUUUCUAUACGGCCUGCUAGAGGGCUUGUGGAGGCCUAUAGUGAUCUGGAGUGUGAAGUUGUUUGGCGUCCAGGGUUCAACUCUCCAGAAGAAGGAGAAUUCAUCUUGUGUGUGCGCAAAGGAAAUGAAAUUAAGUUGAAAUGUUUUGCAAAGCUUGGUGCUACUAAAGUUCAGUUUGUGACACAAAAUAUAUCAUUCAUUCAUAGUCCAAUGGGUUUGUCUACUUGUAAGACAGCCAUUCUUCAAAACACAGGACGCAACCAUGCAUACUUCCAAGUUCGUGAUCCAAACCCGCUGCCUGGAAUGACCAUCACCCCCUCGCAAGGAGUGGUGCCUGUGGGAGGCACCGCUGAUCUCAAAAUCUCCUUCACUCCGAAUGCAAACAUGACUUUUGAUAAGAAUGUGGAGGUAGAAGUGCGAAGUGCAGGAGCACAAGUGCUUAGGGUUGGUGGAUUUGUAGAGGUCGCUGAAAUAAGCAUGAGUGUGGAGCGAGUGGACUUCGGUGGUGUUUAUGUUGGCGCUACGAGUUCAAUUCCAUUUUUGCUGCAGAACAAAGGACAAUCACGUACCAGAGUGGAGUUUGAUUUUUCUAAGAAUAAGGAUUUUAAACUGGAUACUAAUGACCAUUCAGUGAUUGAGUGCUGUUCUUCAAAGCCUUAUUUGUAUUCAGUUAACUUAAAGGAGGAGUCUGCUUUGGAAUGCUUCUUGACCUUUGUGCCAAAAGAGGUGGCAGCAUAUCACUUCACUCUUCCAGUUACUACUCCUCAGGCUGACUCCUCACUUACAGCUUUGGUUGUAUCUGCGAGUAACAUCCUUCCUCCUCAGCCCCCUGCAGCGAAGCUCCCUCUGGCUCCUCCACGUUGUAUAAUUAAGGCAAUUGCACUUAAUUCACUAGUGAAGUUCUCCUCAAUGGAACUUAAAUUUGAACAACAUUCAAGUGACAUGAAUUUCGGUAUUGCUGAUGAGAGAGUGACUUCUCAGGACCUUGACCUGAAGAAUAUCUCAAGGAAUCCAUUGACAUGGAAAUUGAAUUGUGAUGAUGCAGACAAAAACAUAGAAGAUGGUGUUUUCGACUUUAGUCUGCAGGCUGGAUCUCUUCCUCCAGGUGUCCAAGUCAGUAUAGCUGUGUCGUUCUGCCCUCCUUGUCCUGGGACAUAUACUUCUGAAAUAUCAGUGUAUGUAAAUGAUAAUCCAUCACCAUACAAGAUAACAUUGUCUGGCACUCUGAAGUCACCAAAACUAAAUUUUGACCCUCCCUUUUUAAUCAUGAUGCCAGUUCCUCUGGAUGUGGAAACUGAAGCAGACAUCAAUAUCAUUCCACAAGAUUAUUUAAGGCAAUCGCAAAUUCACGUUGAACUUCCUCAGACUGAACUCGAAGAUGGUGACAGGAUUUGCCCAUUUUCUGUGCAGUUCCCAAAAGGACUAGACAUUGUUGUUUCAUCAGAUGGCAAAAGUAAUCAACUAAUUUGCCAUAUCAGCUUUAGAUCAUCUAAGCCGGUGUCAUUUUUAGGGAAUAUGUGCUUCAUUGAUGAAGAAGAAAACAGGUUCUCAAUUCAGAUUGCAGCAACAGCAGAGAAUUGUCUUCUUACUUUAUACCCAUACUUGGCAUUUCACUGCUCUGAUCAAAAAAUUACCUUGAGAAGCCACUGUAAAGACAGCAGUAGUGCAGAAGUUGUUUUGCAUCCGUGUUUUACACCCCAAUCCCCUUCCCACAGUAUUUCCUCAAGUUCCUUUGGUGGAACCAGUGGCUCAGGUGAAGUUUCUCUAUCAGAGGUGGAUACUGCUUUUGAAAAUGAGAGUGCUGAAUAUGCCAGUGAAGACAGUGAAGCUGUAAGUGAAGAGAGUGAAGUUGUCCGUCGAAGUCGUAGGGAAAAAAGUAAACUUGAAUUAUCUCUUUCUCCUGAUGAAGAUGAAGAGGAGUACAUCUUCUUUCAAAAGACUAUAACUGCUAUUAAGAGUUGGUUCACGCUCUUUGGCUGGCCUAAGGGACAGAAUCCCAUUUCAAUACCUCAUUCACUGAGAUGCGAUGUGUGUAAAGUCCAGACGACUAUUUCACAAGAUAAGGUUUUUACGCGAAACCUCAGCAAAGAUAAGGGUUUUUGUGAGAUGUUAUUCCAUCUGUAUGGAGAAUCAUUACCAGGCAUUGCAGCGAGCCAGUUACUGUCCCGUGAUCCGGUAGAACGAAUGCUACAGCUCCACUGGCAGCAUUCGGCACUGCUUUCUUUCCUCAAAAACAUAGGGGCAUAUCUUCCUCAUGUAAUGCCAGAAUUUCUUCUUGAACCUGAAGAUUACAAGAUAUGGAUUAAACUGAAAAAAGAAAAAACUGUACUGAAAGCAGAGUUGAAUGUGGGAGAUGUGAAAAACUCAGACAAAUUUAGUGACAAGAAUAUAUUCGUCCUGGAGGAUGACACGUUUGAGACAGUGAGCAAACGAGCUUGGACAGAUGUGCUACUGCAGAUAUACAAGGUGUUUGUUCUUCGACGUGUUUCUUCCCAUAACAAAACUGACCCAUCCAGCUUGGAAAGCAUGCAGAACAUGCCAAGAAUAAAACCAGAACCUUUAUCCAGUAAUAUAUAUUCUUCAUAUGAACGAAAAAUCCUCACCUGGUUGAAUAACAAUUAUGAGACAAAUCGAAAAAUUGUGUGGAAAGAUUGUCAAAAAGGUGGAGUACCACCAAGGAGAUGGAUAGUAAAUUUUGACCAAGAUCUUCUAGAUGGUCUGGUAUUGGCAGCACAGGUGGCAGCUUACUGUCCAUAUUUGAUUUCUACUCACUUUAUAAGGAUGUAUACUAAUCCAAGAACUUAUCAACAGUUUCUGCACAACUGCUUGAUACUUGUGAAGGCUAUGCAUGCUGUCAAUCUGAAUAUAGACAUAAAGGCCACUGAUAUCUGUGAUCCAAAUCCAGUCAUGAUGCUUAUUUUGUGUGUCUACCUGUAUGAAGGUCUCCCUGACUACUUGCCCAAGAACACUAUAGAAUUUACAGGUGCUCUCCAUGCAACUGUUAUUAAACAGGUACGUCUGAAAAACCCAAGCAAAAAACCUUUGAUAUACGAGGCUAUUUUUAGGGGAAGAGAUGCUGAUGAUUUCUCAUUACCUAAAGGAAACACUGUCACCAUUACCCCUAAGAAACAGGCAUCUAUGAAUGUGGAAUUCACAAUUCGUUUCCUGCGCCCUGCUGAAGCAGUGUUGCUACUGACCUCACAUGGAAUAGAUGCUGCCACACUGACAUUCUCUCUGAAAUCUGAAGUCAAGCAUAUUGAGCCUGCUGGUGUUACAAAGUGCAAAUCCCCAUGUUAUGAGCUGAAGAAAGUUAGCCUAAAUGUUACUAAUCCCUUCAAAACUGAUGGCAUAUUCAGGGUCAUUUUGCUGGAAUCCACACGUAGUUUCAUACACCCAGAGCAAGUGUAUCGAGCCAGGAAAUUAAAGAAAGAGCAAACAUUUAGUUCUGAAUGUAACAUAUUAAACUCAAAAAAUAAUACACUGCCUGAAGAUUCAAAUGAAGAGAACAACUCUAUUUACUCUGCCCAAUGCGGCCUCCUGCCUGAGUUCUUCAGUCCGAUGGAAAAACUGUUCUUGAAAGGAAAAAGUUCUGCAAGCUUAGAUAUUCACUUCCUUCCCUUUAGUCAGGGAAAACGUUACUGCAAUGUCCUUCUGGUUAAUGAACAGAUUGGAGAAUUUGUAUACCUGAUAGAGGGAACAGGUGAUAUACCUUUGCCUUCAGAAUUGCCUGCAAUGGAUAGUCCAAAUGUUUUGCAUGCUACCAGUAAAUUAGAAGAUCCAAGUGCAUCACAGCCAGUUUUAUAUUUGAAAUGUAGUCUUGGUCAGAUUCUUGAAGAAAAUCUGAGGAUUCCAUUGAUCAAUGAGUCAAGAGAGAGGGCUCUGGCUGUGGCUGCACAACAGCAGAUGUCAGCUGUUGAACAUGAGAGAAGAUUGAUGACUGGGACUCUGCAGAGUAGCAGUGUUCGAGUUGCAACUGCUCUGUUAGGGCUGUCCAAAGUAGAGAAAUGUGCCCUUCUGAAACCUCGUAAAUACCCCACAAAGUACGUGGAUUACAGUGUAGAAGUGAGCAUGAAAGAAUUUUUUGAAGUUCCUCAUAAGUUCUCUAUUCCAGUAUUGCCAUCAACCAGAGUUAAUUUGGAAGCAAAAGACUCUUCAUCUCAGAAAACAGAUGGAAGUGAUACAGUUGGGCUGCCUAUAAAGUUCACUCCUCCAGAUACUGGUUCCUACCACUGUCAGAUUCUUCUGAAGUCCCCCUGCGAUGUUCGUGUCUAUGAGAUUGAAUGUUUAGUGAGUAAAGACAGAGUUGAUGCAGAGCUCGAAUUUCUAACUCCAGCUUACCAGUCAGUGAUUCAGAAUAUUCCAAUUAGUAAUACUUCCAAUGUGGACUGGAAACUGGAAGCAAAGUUGGAAGGAGAGGGGUUUUAUGGCCCUCCUGUAAUAAAUGUUGGUGUAGGUGAAACAGCUCUUUAUCCUCUCACGUUCAAUCCUGCUGCUGAGUAUACAACUACGGGGAGGCUUAUUCUACGAAAUGUUACAGCUGGCACUGAAAAUAUCUUCAGUCUUAAGGGAAUAGGGAAGAAACCUCUGCCACAGGGUUGUAUUGUGAUAGAUUGCCAAGCGGGAAAGGUCACUCAUAAAAUUUUAUGGGUGCACAAUUAUACAAAGAACAAGCUAACAUACAAGGUAUAUUCAGAUCUUUCAAUGGUGAGUGGUGCACCUGUUCUUACUUGCAACGCAGAUGACACAGUUUCUUAUACUUUGAGUGUAUCUCCGUGGAGACGAGGAACCUUUCAAGGAGUAAUUUCAUUUGUUGCUCAAGAUGAAGACCAAGAGCAGUCUCAAUGCAACAGCUCACCAGAGAAGACAGAUGGUGAACAGACACUUCAGAAAUUGCCAACAGAGACACCACAAAUUCUUGAUGCAGCAAACAUUGGAGAAUGUUCUUCAAAUUGCAAAGUGUGGUUCUCUCUAAAGAUUAACAGCACACCUGCGGCACCGGAAAAAACAGUAGAUGUGAGAUGCAGAGCUCUGGAUUCCGUUGGAAUUAAUAUUCCCAUCACUAAUCCUACAGAAGAAAGGCUUGAGAUCACUGUGGUGCUGGACAAUCCAGGCCUUCAUGGCCCAAAUGUUUUCGCUCUUAUGCCCAAACAAACCUAUUUGUAUCACCUGGAGUUUUCCCCAGUUUCUCUUGGCCUUUCCUAUGGAAGUGUCAUAUUCCAGUCCGAUGUGGUUGGAGAGUUUUGGUAUGCACUGAGGCUGAUUGUAGAAAAGGCAUCCCCAACCAGUCUACCUGAAAUAAAAUGUGAGCUUGGAAAAUGGGCUCGUCUAUACAUACCUCUUUUUAAUUCUACUCAUCAACCUCUGGAGCUAGAAAUUGUUAACAGCAAUCCUAGGAAUUUUUCAAUUGAGUCUGACACAGGACACUCUCUGACUGUUGCUCCCCAUUCCAUCAUUCAACUGCCCGUGCAGUUCUAUCCGUCUGCCGUUGGAAAAUGCAAUCACCAGGCAAGAAUAAUCUUCAAGUCCGCAAAGUUUCAAGAGUGGAUAUUUUUACUUUUGGGAACUGGUCUUCCUCCUCAGUUGAUGGAAGCAACUUCCAUAAGUGCCUGCGUUGGCCAGUGUUCUUCUGCCAUCGUAUCCUUCGAAAACCCAACUCCUGAAAAUGUGGUGGUGGAUGUCGUGCUGACAGAUCGUGAGCUGUCCGGUCAUAAUUACAAUGCAUCUGUCCUGUCAGAGUCCACCAGCAAGGAAUCUGUUUUCCAUCUUCUGUUUAAACAACCACGAGGAAUCCAUUUAGCUCCAAAAGAAAAAGUGAAUAUCCCCGUGUUAUUCGUGCCACAUGCAAUGAAAAUGUAUAAAGCUGAGGUGAUAGUUCACGUAAGGAAAGAAAAUGGUGAAAACUGGACUUAUGAGUUCUCUGGUGGAUCAAAUAAAGACUUAAACAGGAAUGUUUUUCUAGCAGAGAGUGGGGAAAUCGAGGGAAUACUCUGGAGAUAUCCAGUUCAUGGAAUACCUGAAGCACCACAGCAGAAAUUAGUUGUGGUGCGCUGUCGAGCCAGGCAGAGAGUGGAGCAAAGAGUAGAAAUGCUGCUGAUGGGUGUAGUUCCUGAUGCAACUGCUGUGACUGAUGCAAGAAAUUCCGACAUGGUCGAUGGAGAUAAUUCAGCCAACACCCAAGAAGUUAAAGUCACUGAUGGUUUCUCUGCAACAGCGGAGUUUCUGUAUGAAUUGCAAUAUCAGUCAAAUGAAAUUAGAUCUCAGCUUGAAUCUUUGGUUGGUAUGCAUCUGGUUCAAAAAGAGUGGGAUACAGAAUCUGGAAUUGUAACACUCAUCUUUAAUGUCGUGUUUGCACCUAACAAACCAAUGAGGAACGAGGCAACUCUCAUGAUACAAUGGACUGCAGGAGGUGCUUGGAAGUUUCCACUGCAGUUCAUUGCUACGGAGCCAGAAGUAGACGAUGUCAUCAACAUUGAAGCAGUUGGCUUGAAUAAGGAAUCUAUAGUUGGGUUUAAGCUUACAAGCCAGACAAGCUCCCCGGAGCCAUUCACUGCACACUUCCUGGCAGGCAGCGAUCCUGAUUUCCUUGUAAUGCCACAAGCUGGAGAACUUCUUCCAGCAGGCACCAUGGGAACCCAUAUAACGGUGGGAUACAAGCCAAGGAUGUAUGGCAAGAAGCAUACAGCAACACUGGUAAUUGAGACACAAUCAAUGCAGUGGACAUACGAAAUCAAUGGACUGCCUCCACAGAAUGUACCACCUACAGUGGCAGCAAAAGUAGUUACUACUGGCACUUACAUAAGAUCAUCCACAGUUCGACAGCGCAAUUAUUUACGGGAAAAUCGGAAACUUAUAACCACUGGAGCAUCCUCACCAAUCAAGGGGGCACCUUUGGUCCUGAGGAAAAACCAGAGAAAGUUAUGAUCUGUUAAUUUUCUGGUGAGGAAACAAAUAAAUUGAGAUCAAAGGA